UUACUAGGAGACGACCGAGUUUUGGUGCAGACACACUUGCAUAUCGAACGAACAUGGAGACAGUAGGGUUGUUGUUGGUUAUUUGUCCGUUACAGUUUUACUUAUUUGGUGUCGGCGAAGCGGAGACAGGUGAAAAGUGGAAGAAGUACUUUGAUAAAAUCACCAAAGCCACAAGCCAUUACGAGCCAUGCAGUGUGAAAAACUGUAGCUGCCACCUCAGCGUCUUGGAGAAUGACCUCCGCCCUUUCCGUGGGGGAAUCUCUAAGGACUUGCUCGUGGGAACGGUGCAGCGAGGUGUGGGGACACACUAUCAGGUCAUUGGCGGCAGACUGUACCGAGAGCAGAGCUGCAUGUUCCCUGCAAGGUGCAGUGGAGUGGAGCACUUCAUCCUGGAGGUGAUAGGCAGGCUUCCAGACAUGGAGAUGGUGAUCAACGUGAGGGACUACCCACAAGUGCCCCGGUGGUCUGAGCCAGCCCCGCCGGUCUUCUCUUUCAGCAAGACAGCUGAAUACCAAGAUAUCAUGUAUCCAGCAUGGACAUUCUGGGAAGGAGGUCCUGCCGUGUGGCCCAUCUAUCCCACUGGUUUAGGACGCUGGGACCUAAUGAGGGAUGAGCUGAAAAGGUCGGCUGCCCAGUGGCCCUGGAAGAAGAAGGUGCCCCAGGGAUUCUUCAGAGGUUCAAGAACCAGCCCAGAGAGGGACCCUCUUAUUUUGUUGUCACGUGAGGCUCCAGACUUAGUGAAUGCAGAAUACACUAAGAACCAAGCCUGGAAGUCUGAAAAGGACACACUUGGGAGGCCCCCAGCCAAAGAGAUUCCUUUGGUGGACCAUUGCAAAUACAAGUACCUUUUCAAUUUCCGAGGCGUGGCGGCCAGUUUCCGGUUCAAGCACCUCUUUCUGUGUGGUUCGUUGGUUUUCCAUGUGGGUGAGGAAUGGCUGGAGUUCUUUUACCCCCAGCUGAAACCAUGGGUCCACUACAUCCCUGUGAAACAGGACCUGUCUGAUGUCAGAGAAUUACUUCAGUUUGUAAAGGAAAAUGAUGACAUUGCCCAAGAAAUAGCAAAGAGAGGGCAGCUGUUUGUCUUGGAUAACCUGCGCAUGGAGGAUGUGACUUGUUACUGGGAGAAGCUUCUCACAGAAUAUGCUGAUCUCCUUAAGUAUCAGCCAGAGAGGAACAGCAGCUACAAACUUGUCGCCCACAAGCCCGACAAAACCGAGCUUUGAACCACAAGAGCUCUGUUCUGACAUUAUCGUUUCCACCACUGCAGCCGACAGUAAGGGGGUCACUUCGGCGAACGUUUUUCAAAACAAAACAAAUUCUUUCAAAAAAAGAACCUCCAGUCAAAUCAUCGAGAUUGAAUCUCCUCCUUUCAAAGAGCCCUGCCGAAUUAAGAUUAGCAGCCUCCACAAUGUUAAAACUACAACAAAGCACUUAUGUGGUGACUUGGACUUGUGCAUCUUGCAGGCUCUUGAUGUGCAAGUACAGAGAAGGAAUUGGACACUGCUUGUGUGGGUAGUGCUUAGCCUUUACUGCUUUCAUUUAGCAGCAAUAAAACCUUUUUAAAAAGCUUUUGAAAGAAAAUGGUGAAACUUCCACAAAUUUAAACAUUUGGGAAAAAGUGUAUCCUGUUCUGUAAACAACGUUAAGGAGAUAAUGGCUGUAGGAGGCCUAUCUGAGAGGUGUUCUGUGGAACUGAAGAUGAUAUGUAGAAGAUAAAUAUCAGCAGAAAAGGAGCCCGGGGAAAAAAAAGCCUUUGGAAAGCCUUUGUGUCCUUUUCCAAAAAGCAUGUGCAGUGUACUAUGAGCUUCCAAGGGUCCUGAUGAUUUCAUAGCAGUUUUUGUUUUUUAAAUGUGUUUUUAAUGCCUGCCGUCAUUCAAUCAAGAAUGUGUUAAUUCUUUACGUGAGUACAUGAAGCCCAACUGAGACCACCAAACUCUUUCUCCUGCUAUGUAAGAUGAGCUUGAAUCUGAAUUCAUAAUUGAAUUCAAAGUCACUGAUCUUAUAUGCUGGUUAGCCAGCUAUACAAAAAUAUGUUCUGCUCCUGUCCCUGCUAGGUGGGAUUGCAAAUUUAGCCGUGAAUGUCACUUUAAUCUCAAAGUUUCUUUUAUUCCAUUUUUACAUUUUGUUUUUGGUCUGAGCCGAUUGCUCUAUAUGAGGGUAGGGCGUCUCCCAUAAGCUCCUGUGAAGAGUUUUUGAUCAAAUGCAGAGCAGCUCAGCCAGAACCACAUACUACGAGAACAAUUUCAGGCCCUGAGAACACUGGCAAAAGUUAGUACAUUCCAAAUCUGAGAAGGGUAUAACAGAACCACUAGUGUGGAAAUUGUGAUUCCUGGAGAUUUGUUAUGAUAAACUUUACCAAGAUUGUGUAAAACCAUGUUGUAAUCAAAUAGACUACCAGAGAUAAAUACAGUACAACAGCCCUGACUUAACCCCUCUUGUGCUGGUAUUAUUAUACCAGUUCUUCUGCCAGACAGACGUUUACUCUUUUGACUUUGCAUUAAAUGUUGUAAAAGAAAUUAAGAACAUUAACCACUAGUUGAAAGAAGAUUACAUUGAUUAUUUUUUAAUAUUUUUUUUUAAUUAUUAUUUUUAUUUAACUGAAGAUUAAAGUGGUGUUUUAGUCUGGUGACAUAGCUAAGAGACAAGAUAUUGUUACAUACAGUAAGAUACUUAGGUUGAUUAAUAAAAUGAUACAUCUCAGUAUUCAUGUUUUAUGAGUAUUUUCAUAUUUAUGUUUUAAGUACUUUAAGUGCAUAUAUUUCCCAUCUGUUUCUAUGGGGUUUCCAGUUUUCUAGGGAGUAAUUUUUUAAAUAUUUUAGUUUUUAUGUGUUUUCCAUCUAGCCAUCUAUCCCGGCAACCAACUGGCCCAAGGCAGGGUACCCCUUGGAUGGGACGUUUGUCUAUCAUAGAGCAGACACACAGACACAAACGCACACUCAUACCUAGGGCCAAUUUUCCUACAAAGACAAUUAACCUACCAGUUUG